AUGUCUGUUGCUUCGUCUAACCCGUUCGCUCUCCUCCCCGACAACGCCGUCGACACCGACGUGUCGGUCCAGGUCGUUAAGAGCGCCAAGAAGGCUGCCGCCAAGACCGCUGCCGCCACCCCUGCCGCCGAGCGCGCGCAGCCCGCCGAGCGCUCGCUGAAGCGCGACUACCCGACCCGCGGUGGCCACCGCCGCACUGUCGGCCGCAACGCCGGAGCCUCGGAGGAGACCGCCGCCUACCCGACCCACGACAAGAGCCGCUCGCGCCAGUCGGCCCGUGGACCCCGUGGCGGCCGCCCCGAGGGAGGCCGCCCCGCCCGUCGCCAGUUCGACCGCCACAGCGGCACCGGUCUGGUCGACUCCGAGAAGAAGGAGAAGCAGGGCUGGCUGGGCGACGACAAGGCCACGGUUGAGGAUGGCGAGAAGGCUGCCGAGCAGGCCAAGAAGGACGGCCAGGAGACCGCCACUCCGGCGCCCGAGGAGGUCGAGGAGGACGUCAAGACCCUGGAGGACUACCUGAAGGAGCGCGCCACCGUCUCGGUCGACACCGACCGCGAGAUCCGCAAGGCCAACGAGGCCGGCGUUGACAAGAAGCAGCUCAAGGAGGCCGUGCAGUUCUCCCGCGAGGAGGACGUCUUCUUUGCCCCCGUUGCCACCCAGAAGUCCCGGAAGUCCAAGAACCAGAAGGAGAAGGUCUUUGUUGACAUCGAGCAGCGCUUUGUCGAUGAGCAGAGGCGCGGUGCCUUCCGCGGCGGCCGUGGUGGCCAGCGGGGCGGUGACCGCCGUGGUCCCCGCCAGGGCCGCGUCGACGUCAACGACCAGCGCGCCUUCCCGUCGCUCUAA